UUUGCAUCAUAUCCUACCGUAACCGCUGGAGUGAGAGAAGUAGGUAGCGAAGUCUCAACGGCCAAGGAAACCGAACUGAUGACCGAACAUCCGUCGACGAAACCGCCGAAAACUAAUAAUUAUUCCGUUCCUACUGUUCCUGUGUGGAAAUGGAGCCUGACCUUUGAUGGGUCGACCAGUGUGACCUCAUUCCUGGAAGAGGCUGAGUAUCUUGCCGAGGCUAGAAAGGUGAGCCAUGAACAGUUGUUUGAGUCCAUCUACGAGUUGUUACGUAAGGAUGCAAGAGACUGGUACAUUCCCCGAAGAGGCACAUUCAGCGACUGGACAGAUUUCAAAGACCAACUCCGAGAGGCCUUUCUUCCUCCUGAUUACGAGGAGAUUCUACUAGAGGAGAUCAAGAAACGGACUCAAGGAACCGAUGAACGACUCUUGUUGUAUGUAACUCGAAUGCAAAAUCUGUUUCAGAAACUGACCGUAAAGGGACUGACCGAGGAAGAGCAGGUGAAUAUCAUCCGACGACGUUUACUGCCAGAAUUACAAACUGCCCUGGCCUUCCAACCGACCGCCACAAUAGAUGAACUGCUCCGAAAGGGAAAAGUUUUCGAAUUGGUCAAAUGGCAAACCGCUAACUAUACUUCGCCACCGUUCCAAAAGAGUCUCAUCAACGAACCGCAUCUCACAUUCCGAAAUCCCUCACCGAACGUCCAAGCGAUCGGAAUGCACCUCAGCACACUGUCCGAACCGUCCGAUAAACCGAAACUUGUCCAAAUCUCUACAGCACGUCAGAGACAAGAGGAACCGAAGAAUACCGUCCGACCGCCAACCGAAACCCAGUGCUGGAGAUGUGGUGGUAAGGGCCAUCUACGAGAACAGUGUAAAUCGAAACCGAUACUUUUCUGCUCUCGAUGUGGAGACAAGGAGUUCCAGGCACUAUUGGACACCGGAUCAACCAGGUCCUUCAUCAGCAGUGAAGUGGCUGCUCACUGCAAGGCCGCUAGAAUAAAUCCGAAUUAUGUUAGGGACGUUACCACCACCGUCGCUAACGGAAGUUCUAUCCCGAUUGAGGAAGUGUACACAGCACAGGUUCAGGUUGGAGCCGAAAAUAUUGAGGCUACGUGGUUGUUAGUUUCAGAUUUACCGAUCAGUGUAGUACUGGGAAUGGAUGUUGUUGUAUUCCUUUCGGAACGAACUUAG